AUGAGAUAUCUGGAGCUGCCACCUCCUAUCUUGACAGGUGGACUGGGUACCUGCUCUUCGUCUCAUUACACAAUCCGCGAACUAUGGACAGUCUAUCCGGUAGCUACAAUCCGGAUUGGCAUAACCUUCGGCCCAAUAUACUCGAGGCAACAGAUUGCACAUGGGUAUAAAGCAUUACCGUUCCCGUCUUAUCGUAUCGGCGAGCUUGUGGCUUGGAUCGUAGUGCGGUCUACCACUCUUGAAGAUUUGGCCAGCAAGGAUGGAGAAAACAGCACAGCUUCGGCCGCACCAUUGCCUGGAUCGAAGCAACAAGAGAUCUUCUCCGAAACCACUACAGCGGUCCGAAGGACUCCAGUUCAGCCAAGUAUUUGUGCGACAAACUCCAAGGCCGCGACGAGGACCACAAGUAACUCUCAAACUGCACUGGCUAUUGAAGGAGAGAUGGUUGAGAUGAAGCGCUAUCACUAA